CCGGCUCUCUCCUUCUCGUUCCAGACGGUGGAACAUGGAUUCCCCAACCAGCCCAGCUCUCUGGCUUACGACCCAAAGCUGCGCAUCAUGGCCAUCGGGACCAAGUCUGGAGCCGUCAAAAUCUACGGGGCCCCUGGAGUGGAGUUCACAGGCCUCCACAAGGAGACGGCGACCGUCACCCAGAUGCACUUUUUGCCCGGCCAGGGCCAGCUCCUCACCUUGCUAGACGACAACACCCUCCACCUUUGGGGCAUCUUUCAGAAGGACGGCUACUCCCACCUGGAGGAGACCCACAGCUUCCUCCUGCCGGGCCGCCCAGGGUUUGACAGUGCUAACUCUCCUCCCAGCGUCACCCGCGUGACCGUGAUCCUGCUGACGGCGGCCUGCGGCCUGGCCUGCUUGGGCACCGAAGGGGGCGGCGUCUACUUCCUGCGGCCCGGCAGCCUAGCCUUGCUGGACGAGCAGACGCUCUACCAGGAUGAGGUCCUGCAGAGCCUGCCGGAUGAUUACAGGUGUGGGAAGGCCCUGGGACCAGUGGAAUCCCUCCAGGAACAUCCUCGGGACCCCUCCAAGAUUCUCAUUGGCUACAGCCGGGGCCUGGUCGUCCUCUGGGACCAGAGCACCAGGCACAUCGACCACCUUUUCUUAGGAAACCAGCAGCUGGAAAGCCUUGCUUGGGAGCGCGGCGGCAGCAUCCUGGUGAGCUCCCACAGCGACGGCAGCUACCUGGUCUGGUCCGUGAGCGAGGACAGCGCCUGGACGCUGCAGCCCACCACCUCCACCGUGCCCUAUGGUCCCUUUCCCUGCAAAGCCAUCAACAAAAUCCUUUGGCGCACCUGUGAGUCUGGAAACCACUUCAUCAUCUUCAGCGGGGGCAUGCCCCGGGCCAGCUACGGGGACAGGCACUGUGUGACGGUGCUGCAGGGCCAGAGCCUGGUCACUUUGGACUUCACCUCUCGGGUGAUCGACUUCUUUACGGUGCACAACACGGAGCCUGAGGACGAUUUUGACAACCCCAGUGCCCUAGUGGUGCUGGUGGAGGAGGAGCUGGUGGUGAUUGACCUGCAGACUCCUGGCUGGCCCACAGUACAGGCUCCAUACCUGGCCCCACUCCACUCCUCGGCCAUCACCUGCUCCUACCAUAUUUCCAACGUCCCCCUCAAGCUUUGGGAGAGGAUCCUAAGUGCUGGAAAGCAGCAGAGCCCUCAGCUCGCUUCCAUGAACUGGCCCAUCAAUGGAGGGAAGAACUUAGCUCAAGAGCCUACCCAGAGAGGACUCCUGUUGACAGGCCAUGAGGACGGGACGGUACGCUUCUGGGAUGCCUCUGGAGUGUCUCUCAGGCCGCUCUACAAGCUGGGCACAGCGAACAUCUUCCAGACGGACUGUGAACAUGCCGAGAGCCUAAACCAAGCCAGCGAGGAAGAGUGGCCCCCCUUCCACAAGGUGGGAUGUUUUGACCCCUACAGCGAUGACCCUCGGCUUGGCAUUCAGAAGAUCUCCCUGUGCAAAUACACAGCCAAGAUGGUGGUGGCCGGCACCGCUGGGCAGGUGCUUGUCAUGGAGCUGAGCGACGAGAAGUCCGAGCACCAAGUCAGCGUCGCCACCAUGGACCUGCUCCAGGACCGCGAGGGCUUCACCUGGAAAGGCCACGACCAGCUGAGCCCCAGGAGCGGCUCCCUGGCCUUCCCCGCCGGCUUCCAGCCCGCCGUGCUGGUGCAGUGCCUGCCCCCGGCCGCCGUGACCGCCGUCACUCUGCAUUCCGAGUGGAACCUCGUGGCCUUCGGGACCAGCCACGGUUUUGGACUGUUUGACUAUCAGCGCCGGAAUCCGGUGCUGGCCAGGUGCACCCUCCAUCCCAACGACUCCCUAGCCAUGGAGGGACCCCUGUCCAGGGUCAAGUCCCUGAAGAAGUCCUUGAGGCAGUCCUUCCGGCGAAUCCGGAAGAGCCGCGUCUCUAGCAAGAAGCGGACCAACCCACAGAGCCCCAACAGCAAGGUACAGGAAGCCAAUGCCCAGCUGGCGGAACAGGCCUGCCCCCACGACAUGGAGAUGACCCCCGUGCAGCGGCGGAUUGAGCCCCGGUCGGCCGACGACUCGCUCUCGGGCGUGGUGCGCUGUCUCUACUUUGCCGACACGUUCCUCCGGGACGCUGCUCACCACGGCCCGACCAUGUGGGCAGGCACCAACUCGGGGUCCGUGUUCGCUUACGCCCUGGAGGUGCCUUCCCAGGAGAAGUUCUCGGAGCGCGCCGUGGAGGCCGUCCUGGGCAAGGAGGUGCAGCUGAUGCACCGGGCGCCCGUGGUCUCCAUCGCCGUGCUGGACGGCCGGGGCAGCCCCUUGCCCGAGCCCUACGAAGUGUCCCGAGACCUGGCCAAGGCGCCCGACAUGCAGGGCAGCCACUCGGUGCUCAUCUCCUCCGAGGAACAGUUCAAGGUCUUCACGUUGCCCAAGGUCAGCGCCAAGACAAAGUUCAAGUUGACGGCCCACGAGGGCUGCCGCGUGCGCAAAGUGGCUCUGGUCACGUUCGCCAGCGCGGCGUUCGAGGACUACGCCGAGAACUGCCUGGCCUGCCUCACCAACCUGGGCGACAUCCACAUCUUCGCCGUGCCGUCCCUCCGGCCGCAGGUGCACUACGACUGCAUCCGCAAGGAGGACAUCAGCGGCAUCGCCUCCUGCGUCUUCACCAAGUACGGCCAAGGCUUCUACUUGAUCUCCCCGUCGGAGUUUGAGCGCUUUUCCCUGAGUGCCCGGAACGUCACGGAACCCCUGUGCUCCCUGGACUUCACCCGCCCCCAGGAUGCUGUCUGCGGCAGCAGCGAUUACAAGGGAUCCCCCAAGCUGAGCCAAGCCAACGGGACCCACGUGCUGCCCGGGCCCGAGGGAAACCGCCCCUUCCUCGACGGAGCCGGAACCCCCGAGCGUUCCCAGACUGCCCUCUCCCCCGCAUCCAUAGACUCCCCCAACAGCACGGACAACACGCUGGACAGCACGGCUGACAUCACCGUGGAAGAAGUGAAGGAUUUCUUGAGCUCUUCAGAGGAAGCUGAGAAAAACCUGAGGAACAUAGUGGAGGACGACGGCCGAUCUCCAGGAAUCCUGAUCAAGUAAGGACCCAGGCUGUUGCCUGAGGCUCAGCCUUGGAGCCCAGUGACAGGAGCAGAGCCCGGGCUCAGGCGGGGCCCACAGCCCUCGGAUACCGUCCCUGUAACAUAGGCUUGUACCUUCUAACUGGCGGGGCAGACGCGGCCGCCCCGGACCCCCGACCCCGCCUGCCCGCAGGCCCCCCCCGAGCCGACACUGCGAAGUCUUCCCCGGAGGAGGGCAGAGAACGGGAACCCGGGACCCAGGGAGCUCCUCGCACCCAAGACUAGAAGGGCAGACUCCGUCCCUCGACGCCUGUGUGGCGGAGGCCUCCCCCUCCUCCCCCGCUCAUGCUGAGGACCAGAAGUGGGGCGAGGCCGGGCUGCCACCUCCACCCCCCCCCCAUGCCCAGGAGAACCUGGCCUCCUGAGGCUUUCCUCUGCCCAGAAGCACAAGCCUGGCCUGGCGCCCCCUGGAGCGAGUGCCGAGGUGGGGGAGCCGCCCCCCCCUCUCCUGGUGACUGUGGCCCAGGCGAGCCAGCACAGGCAGGGCGGGGACACUCUGGGCCUUGGACAGAGAUUUGUGCCCCUCGUCCGGCUGAGUGUGUCCGGCCCUCUCAGGCCCACCAAGGCGCCGCCUGCCCGGCCACGGGGCUGGGGGGCUUCUCUUGUAGAAUGUAUCCUUUCUGGGGGGCCUUUUUGUUAAGAUUAAUUAGCCUUGUUUUAGGUAUUAAAAAUACUGGUUUUUAAUAUUGAAAAUAAAGCGUUUAGUAUCUUAAA